CUCAGCCGGGGUUGCCGGAGAGCUCCUUCUCCGUCCCAGUGCUCUCGUCCCCUAGUCCGCGGCUCCCAGGGGCAGGGGACGCCGCGCACCUCUGACCUCAACAAACCCCUACUCCGCCCGUCUUCUUUGUCCCACCCUUGAUGAUACGGAGCCCCGACCCCGCCCCCGCCCACGGCGCUCAUUUAGCUGGUAUUGCGGAGCCGGGAGGCGCUGCUGCUGCUCACUGCAACCUGCUCUCGCUGCUGGGUGUGCUGCGAAGUGAUGGCGUCUCCGGCCCUGACCCCGCGCGCCAUGACUGUUGCGCAGCCGAGCGUGCCCGCGGCGCUGCGCCUCUUCGGGGGGCUGCCGGGGCUGCUGCUGCUGCUGCUGCUGUGCCUGCCGGCUGUGCGGGGUGACUGUGGCCUUCCCCCAGAUGUGCCUAAUGCCCAGCCAGCUUUGGGAAACCGUACAAGCUUUCCCGAGGACGCCGUCGUGACGUACCAAUGUAAUGAAAGCUAUGUAAAAAUCCCUGGCUCCAAGGACUCCGUGAUCUGCCGUCAGGACGGUCAGUGGACAGAUAUUGAAGAGUUCUGCAAUCGUAGCUGCAAUGCACCACCCAGACUAAGUUUUGCAGCCCUCGCACCGCCUCAUAUCAGUCAGAAUUAUUUUCCAGUCGGUACUGUUAUACAAUAUGACUGCCGUCCAGGUUACAGAAGAGACCCUUCUCUAUCAAGAAAAGUAACUUGCCUUCAGAAUUUGCAAUGGUCCACAGCACCUGAAUUUUGUAAAAAGCGAUCGUGCCGUAAUCCUGGAGAACUACUAAAUGGUAACAUUAACAUACCAGAUGGCACAUUAUUUGGUGCUUCCAUCACCUUCUCAUGUAACCCAGGGUACAAAUUAUAUGGCGAGACUUCUAGCAUUUGUCUUGUCUCAGGCAACUCUGUUCAGUGGAGUGACCCAUUGCCAGAGUGCAGAGAAAUUUAUUGUUCAGCACCACCAACAAUUAACAAUGGAAUAAUUGAAGGGGAACGUGAGCAUUAUGGAUACAGACAGUCUGUAACGUAUUUAUGUAAUAAAGGAUUCACCAUGAUUGGACACAACUCUAUUUAUUGUACUGUGAAUGGUGAUGAAGGAGAAUGGAGUGGCCCACCACCUGUAUGCACAGGAAAAUCUGUAACUUCCAUGGCCCCACCAACAGUUCAGAAAUCUACCACAGUAAAUAUUCCCACUACAGAAGCUUCAUCAACUUCUCAGGAAACUUCAACUUCUCAGAAAAUUUCAACUUCUCAGAAAACUACCACAGCAAAUGCUCAAGCAACACAGAGUACACCUGUUUCUAGGACUACCAAACAUUCUCAUGAAACAACCCCAAGUAAAGGAAGUGGAGCCGGUUCAGGUACUACUGUUCUUCUAUCUGGCCACACGUGUUUCACAUUGACAGUUUUGCUUGGGACGCUAGUAACCAUGGGCUGGCUGACAUAGCCAAAGAAGAGUAAAGAAGAAAAUACCCACAAGUACACAGACUGUUUCUAAUUUCUUAGACCUAUUUGCAGAUUGCACACAAUAAAUGCAGCCGUGCUCUCCAUUUAGGAUGAUUUCAUUGUCUUUCAGGUGUGUUAAGAAUGUCAACAAAGCAAAGAGAAAAGACGCAGUCUUGGAUUCACAUUCUUAGCACACCUAAGCCUCUUGAAAAUAGAACAACUUGCAGAAUUGAGAGUGAUUCCAUUCCUAAAAGUGUAGGAAAGCAUAGAGAUUUGUUCAUAUUUAGAAUGGGAGCACAAGGAAAAGAAAAGUGCUUUUUAUUCCCACAAGAUCUGUAAUGUUAUUUAUACUUAUAAAAGAAAUAAAAAAUGAAAAACAUGAUUUGGAUAUCAAAAGCAAAUAAAAACCCAAUUCAGUCUCUUCUAAGCAAAACUGCUAAAGAGAGAUGAACCACAUAAUAAAGUAAUCCUUGGCUGCAAGGCAUUUUCAUCUUUUCUUAUGGGUUGGCAAAAUAUUUUAAAGGUAAAACAUGCUAGUGAACCAGGAGCUCAAGGGAGGGAUAUAGAAUGAAAGACUGAGUCUUCCUUUAUUGCAUAAAUACAGUUUGGAA